CCCUCCUCUUCUUAUCUCUGAUCCACACCCCGAUUUUCCAACCCAUCGGUGCCCUUUCUCUUCUACUUCCUUCCCUCUUAUAACAUACUCCGUGGAUGUGACCUCAUUUGGCCUUUUUGGUCUGCAUUUUUAUUAUUAUUAAACCUCGGGUGUUCCCCUCUUCGCGUCAUCUGGCUCCACGAAUCGCUCCCCCACCACUCCAUACGUCUUGCACAUCACCGAGGACGUCUGUGCUUCCUACCCUGUAGCCAUGGCUCCAGGUAGUGGGCGUGAUUUCAACUGCUCGUGGGAGCACUGCGGAAAGUCUUUCAAUCGCAAGUCGGAUCUCUGUCGACACUACCGAAUACAUACCAAUGAGCGACCCUAUCACUGCACGGUCAAGGACUGCAACAAGAGUUUCAUCCAGCGCAGCGCCUUGACCGUCCAUUCGCGAACACACACGGGCGAGAAACCCCAUGUGUGUGACCACGAAGGUUGCCACAAGGCAUUCUCCGAUUCUUCCAGCCUAGCCCGUCACCGACGGAUCCACACGGGGAAACGGCCUUAUAUCUGCCAGGAGCCCGCGUGCGAACGAAGCUUCUGUCGCAAAACCACCUUGACGAAACACCAACACCGCUCCCACCCACCGGGCACCAUCACCCGACCCUCCUCCGAGGACGCGACGUCGGAGCAUUCCUACCACCCUCCCACGGCGGUCUCCAUCCCCAACGAUCAAUAUCUCCUUGCCCAACAACCCUACUAUCCUCAUGCCUCGACCCCCAACCACGAGUAUUAUCGCCAGCAGAACGUGCCCAUGACGCCCGUUGCGGUACACGAGCCCCCGAUCGUGACCCAGAAUGUACCGGUCACGUCGCCGGUAGACGUCCACGCCCAGCAACAAUACAUGCUCAUGCAGCAGCGAUACGAUCAGACCCGUCCGGACUUUGUGCCGCCGGACUACCAGCAACCCUUCCAGGGGAUUCCCAUGGUUGACGGCCAUCCCCUCAUGCCCUCCUACCAGCCUGGGUUCCAGUACAAAUCACAAACGCGGAUUCUGAACCAGCCCGAAGGAACCGACUGGGGAUUUCUCGGGGUAGGAUAAGGCCACCGUCAUUGAAAGCGUCUGUGUCGAGAGACCGUGUGUCAAUGGAUCGUGUGGUUCUCCGCGUCCGUCUGUGGACUCU